GACAGAGACACAGAGAGAGAGACACACAGGGACACGGGGACACGGGGACGGAGAGACACACAGGGACAGACAGACAGGAGUUUGUGGUGACGUCACCGUUAGGUUGAUGUGAGUUUACAGUGUUUGAGCUGUACACUGGACUUUAUAACCGGUCCUAAAGAACAGGAGAUUCAUCAUCAGUGUUUAUAACCGGAGCUGAAAGUCAUCAGUGAGGAAGACUGUGGUGUGAUGAAGACCGUCUGUGCAGCUGAAAUGGUGCCUGAGAUUAAAGCAGCAGUCAGUUUUGUGGUCAGACUUCUGAGGAACAGCGGCGUCCUGCCUGACACACAGCUGCAGGUGUUCAGGGACUGUUUACAACAAGCUCUGUCAGAUCGUUAUCGGCACCACUGGUUUCCCGACAGACCACAGAAGGGUUCUGGUUACCGCUGCAUCCGGAUCAACCAUGAGAUGGACCCCCUGAUUGGCGGGGCAGCGAGUCGGAUGGGCCUGAGUGCAGAGCGGCUCUUCUCGCUGCUCCCUCGAGAGCUUACUCUGUGGAUUGACCCCUAUGAAGUGUCCUACAGGAUCGGCGAGGACGGCUCCAUCUGUGUCCUGUACGAAGCAGAGCCUCCGGCGUCCUCUCCGGCUGCGUCCGCACUGUCGCCGUUUGACCCUCUGAACUGUAAGAACGGUUUCAUGAUGAACGGCAGGACCAGUCCUCCUAAACACUACCUCAUGACCGUAUCGAGCUGAGGGGACGUGAGGACAUGCUGCUGUGCACAGGACCGUUUAACCUUCCUGACUUUCUAUUUCUUGACAUUUAUUCUUUUGUUUACUCCUCAAACCAUUUAUAUUUCUAGUCGAAAGCACUGCCUAAUGUUCCAGGGAUCACACAUUCCUCCACUUGCACCGUAGGCGUGUGCUGAGACUUGAUCAGAAUCCUGCCAAAAUUGAUUAUCGCAAGUUUUAUGAUGAGGGAAAACAACCUGUACCUUCUGUCGUGUCCUUGACUUGAUCUGCCACAAAGUGCUGCCUACCUGGGGAACCUCCUCCUGUGUGGAAUGUGAAGCUGGUGAUGGUCUCAUUGUCCCAUAAGUGACAGUUCAGGAAGAUGCUCAGAUCUGCUGCCUGUGCAGACUGAUGCACAAUCGUGUGUUUAAUAUGGUGGUGGUUGUUUUACACCCACGUCAAAGCUUGGUGUGAGACGGUGCUCAGUCGCUCCAUCUCUUACUGGUGAGGUGUUUUUAUAACCAUCAUCAUCAUCAUCACCUUUACGGUUGUUGUGGUUGUUUCUGCACAAAGCGGCUAAUUUAAAGGAGCCCUGUAGAUUUACUGCUGCCUUAAACUCUGAACGUUUCUACCUAACUUGAUUGUGCAAUAUAAAAGGUGCCCCAAAAGUAUUUCCUCCUCUUCCUCAUCUUCCUCCUUGUCAUGAAUGUCAUGAAAUGAAUCUCAGUGGAAAAGUAAACGCGCCCUUUUCGCACUCGCCUUCUGUAGCAUUUUUUCUGCCUGGGCUGCUGAGCAGCUCGGUGUUUACUGGGUUUAGACGGAGACACUGUAGUUUGUAAGCUAUUUGAAGCAACGUAUGCUUUUAUUGUACACUUUUUUUUUUUUUUUUAAUGGAUUUGUGUAUAAUAGAGAACUGUACAGUUUUGUGCGAUUUUUGUAUUACAAUAAAGAUUUAUAAAUGAAAA